AUGGCCUCCCCUAGCGUUCUCACCUUUGACGCUGAGGGUCGGGCAGUGGACUUUGAGGUCUGGGUAGAUGAUCUGCAGCUUUUCCUGCAGUGCGAUAGGGCAGACGGCCUCUCCCUGUUUGACCUCACUUCUGGUGCCUCCCCUGCCCUUGCUGCUGAUGCUGACGCCACUAUUCGCUCACAGUGGGCCACGCGUGAUGCUGCUACUCGCCUUGUUGUGCGCCGCCACUUACCGACCACUGAGCGUGCACACUUUAGCCAGUACAAGAGUGCUCAUACCUUGGGUGUUCUCCCUCCCCCCUCUUGCCCUCUGUUGCCUCUACUGCUGCGGCCGACCUCGUUGGUUUCGAGUCGGUCGGCGCUGCGUCUGCCCCGAGCGGGAGACGCCGCACCGGCAAGGGCAAGGGGGGCAAGGGCACUGGAGGGGCUGAAGGGAGCGGUGGAGGUGGUGGUGGAGGCGGUGAAGGGAGUGGGGGUGGUGGUGGGAGUGGUGCUGGGGGUGGCGGCGGCGGCGGCAGCAGUGGAGGCGGCGGAGGCGGUGGAGGUGGCCGAGGGAGCAGAGGCGGCGCAGGUAGUGGAGGAGGCGGAGGUGGAGGAGGCGGCGGAGGCGUCGGCGGCGGCGGAGGCGGCGGUGGUGGAGCGAGUCGCGACUCUGCGCAGCGGAGUGGCGCCGGUGGUGCGCGGUGGGGGUUCUGGUCCCUGCACUUACGUCCUCCGUACCAGCGACCGAGCUGGUGAGCAGUGCGGAGGCCCGCACUCCACCCAGCGCUGCUUUGGUCGCCUGACGGACGCGUGGCGUCGCCAGUUCCAUGAGGCGUCAGAGAUCCCUCGCUGGGGAGAUCUGGCUAAGGCCGGGGUUGCUAUUUUUGCUGCCAUGUAUGAAGUUGAUACUAGUCUUGCUGGUGACUGUUACCUAUGUGUUCCUCCUGACCCGGGCAUUGAGGCUGCUGCUCUAGGUGCUGGUGAGGCUGCUGCUCUAGGUACUAGUGCGUCUGCUGCCCCAGGUGCCAGUGCGUCUGCCGCCCCAGGUGCUGGUGAGUCUGCUCUCUCAGGUACUACGCCGGCUCAGGCCAUCCACACCUUCACCCUUGACUCGGGUGCGUUCCGCUCCUUCUUUCGAGACCGCACCACUCUUACGCCGCUCAGUCCGCCGGUUGCAGUCUCCCUGGCAGAUCCCUCUGGGGGUCCUGUCCUUGCUAGCUUCUCCACUGUCCUUCCGUGCCCGGCAGCCCCCUCUGGCACUAUGUCUGGUCUCUACCUCCCCUCGUUCUCUACGAACUUGGUGAGUGGAGCGGACCUACAGGAUAGGGGGGUUGACCAGUUCACUCCUGCGAGUCAGCGAGUGACCCACAGCACGUGUCCUCUGACAGGCCGACACUUGGCCACGUUCACCCGUCGACCAGGGUCGAGCCUGUACACCCUUACUACUGAGUCUCCUCCUACUGCUGAGUCUGCCCAAGUAGCUGCGUCAAGUCAGACUCUCCUUUGGCACCACCGCCUUGGUCACCCCUCCUUGCCUCGUCUCCGAGGCAUGGCCUCCCGUGUCCUUGUCUCUGGUCUCCCUCAGUCUCUCCCUCCCCUUCCUCCGGGGCCUGGCCCUACCUGCGUCCCCUGCGUCGAGGGGCGACAGCGCGCCGCCCCUCACUCCUCCGAGUUUCCUCCGACAGAGGCUCCGCUGCAAACUCUCCACAUGGACGUGUGGGGCCCAGCCCGCGUCAGUGGGCAGGGGCGAGAGCAAGGCAGGGAGUUUUCCUCUGCCCGUCUGGGAGCCUUUUGUCGUGCACAGGGCAUCCGCCAGACCUUCACGCUUCCGGCCUCUCCACAGCAAAAUGGGAUUGCUGAGCGCCGCAUUGGCAUGGUCAUGGACGUCGCUCGUACGUCCAUGAUGCAUGCGGCUGCCCCCCAUUUUCUAUGGCCGUUUGCGGUUCAGUACGCCGCGCAUCAGCUCAACCUUCAGCCCCGGUUUUACCACCCCACCUCGCGCCGUGUUCUGUCCUCCCGGGACGUCACCUUUGACGAGUCGGUGCCUUACUACCGUGUGUCCCAGGUAGACGCACUCGAGCCUGUCGAGGUGGCUGGUGACUCUGGUACUGCUAGAGGUGCUGAGCCUGCGGGUGCCGGGUCUGGGGGUGCUGAGUCUGGGGGUGCUGAGACUGGGGGUGCUGAGCCUGGGGGUGCUGAGUCUAGGGGUGCUGAGCCAGGGGGUGCUGAUCCAUGGGGUGCGGAGCCUAGGGGUGUGGAGCCUAGGGGUGCUGGGUCUGCUCGUGUGGCCGCCGGCGGUACUUCGUCGAGGCGGGAGCCGCUCUCUCCACAGGAGCUGCGCGAGUGGUUCGCCUGCCGCUGGAGACGUGCUGUUGAGUCUGGGGGUGCUGCUGAAGCUACUGGAGGUGGUCCUACUGGAGCUGCUGUCGGUGCUGGUGCUGCUGGAGGUGGAGCUACUGGGGGUGUUGGCGCUGGUGUUUCUACUGGUGCUGGUGCGUCUGGGGGUGCUGCUGAGGCUGCUGGUGCUGACGGUCCUACUGGAGUUGGUGCAGCUGGAGCUGGAGCUGCUGGGGGUGUUGGCGCUGGCGGUGCUGCUGGCGCUGCUGCUUCUGAGGGUGCUAGAGUUGGCGCUGUUGAAGUUGGAGGUGCUGCUGGCGCUGGUGCUGCCGCAGGGGGUACUGGUGCCGUCCUUGCUGGUUCUAGAGGCGCUGAGCGGCCGAGGCCGUACGUCGUUCCGCUCCUGGAGCAGUCGCAGUCACAGUUACAGCCCGCCUCCCCGCUACUUGCUCCUUCUCCCUACACUGGUCCUACUGGAGGUCUUGCUGAGCGUCGUGAGCCUGCGUCUCGUCCUGCGUCGCCUGUUCGUGCUGCUCGCACUAGUCGUCGUGCUGCGCGUCCGCGUCCUCCUGCGGUUCCCUUCACACACCAGAUGGCACUGCGUCCUUCCACUGCUCCUCUGCGUGUCCCGUUGCCGUCUCCUCCACAAUCCUCUCUUCCUUCUCUUGCUGACCCGGAGUCUGACUCCCUUCGUGCUGCUAGUCCUUCGCUCACACGCCUUCUUGCUACUGUUGUCACUGACCCUUCCUUUGAGUCCACUGCUGCGUCUGCCCUAGUUCCUGAGCUUGUCGACUUCGCUGCUCACUGUCGUCUAGACUACGCUGCUAGUCUCGUUGCUGAGUCUGAGUCUGUCUGUCUUGCGUCCGUCGGGAAUGAGUGUGCUCUUAGCACGGACGUCCUUGAGGACAGGCAGGAGGAGUUCCAGUGCUUUGCGGCUGCUUUGCCCCAUCUCGUGUCCACGCUGAUUGCCCCUAAGGGAGACCCGGAUGCAUCAGACAUCCCGACUCCUUGA